CUUAAAAAAAUGAAAUUUAAAAAACUAUAUCAAUAUUUAUAUUAAUGUAAUUUUUGGUGAAAUUUAAGGAAUUAAUCCAGGAUAUUAUACAAUUACUGGACUAGCAUUAUGUAUAUUGUUUGUAUUUUUUAAAAUAAGUACUAUAUAUAUAGUAUUAAAACUUUACGUAAUCUGUUAGAACCCUAAAGAUCUACAAAUGUGUCACAAAAGAAAAAGGGUAUAGGUCGAGGAACCCUUUUUUGUUACCUGAAAGAUAUAUUUUAACGUUCCUUUUCUAUAAUAUGGCAGAAUCGGCAGAAUCACAAAAUUAUGGAUCAAUAACUUCUCCUAUCCCGCCACCAUUCUCACCAACUUCACCUACUUCACCUGUUACGGCAGCAUUUUCGCCAGAUCCAAAUAUAUCUCAACCUAUUUCUGAUGAUAAUUCUACUCGUUUACAAAAGAUUGAUAGUGAACAAGAAGAAAUUAAACAGACUGCUGUAAAUGCUUUACAUCAAAAUUCUAUAUUAGCUAUGCAUGUAAUUGCAAGUGGUGAGUCGCCUGCUAGAACUAGAUUACGUAUGUUGCGUUAUUUAACAGGUUUGCCACAACCUGAAAAUAAAAAUUUCAUCACAUCAACUUCAUCAUAUAAUGAAGGACCAAGUACAAGAGAUUAAAAUUGAAGUGGGUCGAUGAUUAUUAAAUGAUUAACUUAAUCAAUCUUAUAAUUAUUAAACCGUUUAUUUCGUUACAUUAAUAAUAUAUUUGGUUUUAUUAUUCAUAUUAUUAAUCCA